CGCCUCAUCCGUCCGUCGAACGCCCGUCCGUCCGGUCAUCAGGUCCUCGCAGAAGCGAGUGCACCUAGUCUCCCGCGCUCCAGUCAGAUCAAAGAAGUUACGCAUUCGUACACGCAUACGCGUUACAACCACUAGUAUUAUUAUUAUUAUUAUUAUUAAUAUUAUUAAUAUCGUGGCCAGAAGUGUACGCUGCGCACGUAUUUUUCCGCAACACGUCGUUUCAUCAUUUUUUUCCUGAACAACGGACGAAUUUCAACCUUUGUUUAUGCCGUUCUAGUCGUCGUAAAAACCAUGGCAUCAUUAAGCUCUCACGCCAACGCUACAUCGCCGAAACGAAGAUUCAACAGCAUUCUCGUGUGGUCUGCAUAGCGUUGAUUGCUCAUUGGGAAACUAUUGAGGAAUUAAUUGGUGCAUCAUCGUAUACGGCAUUGCAUUCAGUAACACACAACGCGUACCGCUGAAACAACGACGCAGUGGUUCGUCGAUCAAACACGACGGACGCAUGGCAAUGGUGCAUUCGACUCACCGUUGCAUUUGUUGCCGCGCUCGAUGACCGAAGGAAGAUAAGCAGACGAUUGGUGUGUCGCUACGUAUUUAGCGCCGUACGAUAUUCAUUCAGGCCGUUCCGGUGGACAGUAAGAAAAACGUUGUGUGCAGUAGAUCGCAUAGCGGGGUGCACUAUGAUGGCCAACUGUUUGCAGCAAAGCAUUUGCGGCGAAACAGCGGUGAUGGCAAUUGAACUUCAUCGCCGGAACAGUGGCAGUGACCAAUCGAUUGGGAAGUCGGGCCGCGACAACGGUUCGACUGAGUGCAGCAACGACCGGGUGUCACCCAUUUCCGGCGGCCGGUUAAACGGCUCGGCCGAACGACCGUUGAAGUUUAGCAUAGAUAACAUACUGCGACCGGAGUUCGGCGGCGGAAGUACAUCCGGUUGCAGCCCGCCGACUGCUGCAGUCUUCAACCGCUACAACCACCGCUACCACCAUCAACAUCAACAUCAUCAUCAUCAUCAUUUCCAACAGCAACAGCACCUACACAACAUCGACCGUCUACAGCACCUUAACUAUCAGCUGCACCAACUCAGCCAACUCAGUCACAACGCGGUAGCUGUUGCGGCCACGGUGACGGCCAACGAGUGGGCUACGGCUGCAACAGCGGCGGCUUCGUCAUCGUCGGACCACAAGUCGGUCAGCAGUAGACGGUCAUCGUCGUCAUCCACCGUCGAACCGCCGAGUUCGCCCAUCGAUUUAUCCUGUUCUGACUCGCAGACCUGCAUCAACCCCGCUGCGACCGCCACAAAUUCCACUACCUUCUCCUCAACAACCACUACUGGCACCGCUACCGCCAGUGGAACUUCCGUGGACGCGGCCAUUUCCGCGGUCGCCGACAAGGACGGCGGCGGAUCUCAACAAUGGCCGGCCUGGGUGUACUGCACCAGAUACUCGGAUCGUCCUUCUUCCGGAAGAAGUCCUCGGACUAGGCGCGUGAAGAAAAAGGACAAGCAGCAACAGGACGAGAAGAGACCACGGACCGCGUUCAGUGGCGACCAAUUGGCCCGACUCAAAAAAGAGUUCAUGGAGAACCGGUAUCUAACCGAAAGACGGAGACAGGAGUUAGCCAACGAGCUGGGACUGAACGAGGCCCAGAUAAAGAUAUGGUUUCAGAACAAACGGGCGAAAAUCAAGAAGGCAAGUGGCACCAAAAACCCGCUAGCCCUGCAGCUGAUGGCCCAAGGCCUGUACAACCACAGCACGGUCAUGGUUACUAAAGAAGAAGAGGAACAGCUGGCUGCACAAGCCGCCAUGGAAACCAACGAUUAACUAAAUUGCAAUAAUGUAUUAUAUAUAUAUAUAUACAUUAGCCUUAAACGAUGCCGAUCUACAAUCCAUAUCCCGGAUGCAGAAUUCACUUUUAUGUAUAAUAAUGUAUAUAUUAGGUAUAAAUACUUGAUUUAUGUUACGAUUCAAUAGAUGCGACAAAAAUGUAUUGAACUAUUCGUAUUUCUCUGAAUCUGUAUUGUCUUGUAUUGUUCGCUAAAGAAAACGUGUUUUCAAUGAAACUUUAUCUAUUAUAAUUUUUAUUAAUAUUAAUAUUUUUUUUUCUUAUUAGAUAUUUAUUAAACGAUCGGUUGUGCCCUAGAAUAUCGCCCGAUUCGAAAAUGACGUGUAUAUAAUAUGUGUAGGUACAUUAUUGUUCGACGCGUUUUUAUUACGUUUUCGGAAUAAAGUAGUAGUAAUAUUAUGUAUUAUUGAACAAACGAAAAACAUUAAUCAAAAUGUGUAACUUGCUAUUAAGAUGUUUAUUUAUAAAUUUAAAAU